CAUAUGUCCUGUGUUUGCACUUUGUGUAUUCUAUUUGUCUGAUAUAAACUAGUUUCAUUUAACACACUAUGUUCAUAGUGUCAUAUCUUUAAAAGAAAAUGACAGCAAAACUCUGGUGACUCUGGAAAACCACUAGCCCCUGUGGCCGUCGAGCAAAAUGUUAAUGUCAAGCCCUGGUUGGCUUGUACCUCCAGGCAAUCCAACAUUCUGUGGCCUACCAUGUAAUAUCAGAUGAUGCCUUUCUAGGAAUUUGCUGUCAUCAAGAGGUCUUUUCGGAAUGUGAUGGAAUGAUUAGUGUUAAAAUAGCUGCUAGGUUCAGACUUGCCCAGUGCUCUGUCUGUUUCACUUAAUGGGUGUGGUCUAGCAAUGAGAACAAAAUAGGCAAAUAUACUGAAUUGCUCACAGCAGUUUCAGGGCCGACUAGGCCUACUACCUUACACAUGCAUAACAAAUAGAAACUGAUGGUUUUCAAAACGUUGUCUGUCAGAGCCAGCAAAUAAUCAGAUUUGAACUUCUACUGUCACCAGAUACUGUAAUACAAUAAAAACACAAUAAUAAUAAUAUCAAUGAUAAAAACUAAUUCUGUUUGUAAAACAAAAGCAGUUCACACAAUAAGUUAUUUAACAUAUUUGUAUGUUUUAAAUCUUUUUUCAAAUUCUGAAACAGGUAUAGCUCUAAUGUAACUGCGAGGCAAGUCCUUGCAAGUCAUGACAGUAGGCUAACGCACAACAUUACAAUGGCUGAAAGCAUCUGGGGUGCGUCCCCCAAUAACAACCUGCUGAUAACGCGGUGGGUUAAAGAAAGGCCAGUUUGUUUUAAGUCUAUUUACAUGUGAAACAGCGCUGCCGAGGAGGACAAUUCAAUUAACUGCAGCGGCGUCACCAUGGCAGAAGCGGUGGAAUGCAGUAAACCAAAAUCCCUCCGUGACUCUAGUGGUCUAUUGAUGUUAAAGCCAGUGGGAGUGGCGGAGAGACAGAUUGAGCAGCGUGAAGGAACAGUCACACAGUACAAGUGUCAGUGUGACAGAGUAUAGAGCAAAGGGUGAUAUGGGUGUUGUUUAAUAUUCCCAGUUGGCGCUAUAGUGCAGUUGUUUUAAAAUACUACCGGCGUGUUUUACUAAGUUCCAAAGUCAUGUCAACAAGGAGCCGAGCUGGCUUUCACCGCCAAGAAGUUAACAAAACAGUCUGGGAAGUACCUGAUCGCUACCGAGAGUUGAAACAGGUGGGGACGGGAGCCUAUGGGACCGUGUGCUCGGCGGUGGACCGGCGAUCAGGAUGUAAGGUUGCCAUCAAGAAGCUCCACCGGCCCUUCCAGUCAGAGCUCUUCGCCAAGCGGGCAUACAGGGAGUUGAGACUGCUCAAACACAUGAAGCACGAAAAUGUCAUCGGCCUCCUAGAUGUUUUCACGGCAUCCCUUUCUCUGGAUAGGUUCCAUGACUUUUAUUUGGUGAUGCCCUAUAUGGGGACUGACUUGGGCAAACUCAUGAAACUGCAGAAGUUAUCAGAAGACAAAGUGCAGUUCCUUGUUUACCAGAUGCUUAGAGGAUUGAAGUAUAUCCAUGCAGCUGGAAUCAUCCACAGAGACCUCAAGCCAGGAAAUCUGGCGAUCAACCAGGACUGUGAGUUAAAGAUCUUGGACUUCGGUUUAGCAAGACAGGCGGACAUUGAAAUGACUGGCUACGUGGUGACUCGCUGGUACAGAGCUCCGGAGAUCAUCCUGAGCUGGAUGCACUACACACAGACAGUGGACAUCUGGUCUGUGGGCUGCAUCAUGGCUGAGAUGCUGCUAGGAGCACCGCUCUUCAAAGGGACUGACCACUUGGACCAGCUGACAGAGAUCAUGAAAAUCACUGGAACACCAACGCAGGAGUUCAUCAACAAACUACAGUCUGAAGAUGCCAAAAGGUACAUUGAAAAGUUACCAAAGCUGAGGAAAAAGAAUCUGCAAACUCUUCUACCCAAUGUCAGCAAGCAUGCGGUCAGUGUGUUGGAGCACAUGUUGCUGCUGGACCCCGACUGCAGAGCCACGUCCCAGGAGGCCCUGGAGAUGCCUUACUUCAGCGACUUCAGGGAGCCAGAGGAGGAGACUGAGGCCCAGCCCUACGACCACUCCCUGGACAACGCCCCAGACCUCACACUGGAACAGUGGAAAAGACACACGUUCACAGAAAUCCUGUCCUUCCAGCCUCCAGCAGCUGAGGCAAAGGAGACCUCCCUCUAAGAGAUGCUGCUGCUUUCUCCUACAGCACAAACAGUCACUGGAGUUUACCUGGACCAGACCUGUCCAUGAAUGUCUACAUCGUGUGUGUGUGUGUGUGUGUGUGUGUGUGUGUGUGUGUGUGUGUGUGUGUGUGUCUGUGUCUGUGUCUGUGUCUGUGUCUGUGUCUGUGUCUGUGUCUGUGUGUGUGCGUGCCGUGCAUGCGUGUGUUAGUUCACGCCCAGAUGGGACUUAAGGCUCUUCAGACCAUGUCUCUGUGUGUCUAUGCCUUUUACAGCCAAAUUACCUUUUGUUUCCUAAAAUCUAGAUGAGCCUUAAUUGCGGUACUAUACAGAAUAUCUGUAAUACUGAAAGUUGUUUAUGCUGUACUUUUACAUUUUGUCACUUACGGUACGGCAUCCGUGGACUAGUGGUAUGGGGACAUCCAUAGUGAUUAAGGAGAUGGGCUUUAGAUCAGAGGGUUGCAGGGUUGAAUUUUAUCCCACCUAACCCCUCCACUCCCAAUCUCUCGCCAUGGCAGAGAUGCCCUUGAGCGAGGCACCAAACUCCACUCUGCUCCCGUGUCUGUAACCAAUACCCUGUACUUAAAAAAAUACUGUAAGUUGCUUUGGAUAAAAGCAUCAGCUAAGUGUGGUACAAUGUAAUGUAAUAACUUGUUGACUGUAAACCAGUUACUUUUGUAGGGAUCAUGUAGAUCUCAAUUCCUUGAAAAAAAAUAUUAUUCUUUAAGUUUUGUAAUUUUUUUUAAAUUCAAUUUUGGAUGUUAUUUGAUAGAGUAGCACUGUGAGAAAUGUACUGGACCUGUUUUCAGAUGCUGCUGAAGAUUUCCAUGAUGCAACAAAAUAAGCCAAAGCUCAUAAAACGCCAAACUAGGUUGAUGUUUUGAUUUCUGAAAAGCCAUUAAGGAUGACUGUUAACGAGAGAGUGCUUUUGUUUGAUGGUUUGUGUGAGCAUUUGUUAUGCACAGUAUUUUACCCUGUCUUAUACAUGCAACAGUAUUUUUAUAUUAAAGAAUAAGU